AUGUGGUCCCGCGCACUCCUCUAUGCUGAGCCGGCCGUUGACGCCGCGCCGCCCAUGUGGCACCGCCCUUCUCAGCCCGGCGGCCAGCUCAUGUCCCUCGACCCCGUCGUCACAUCGACGCCCAUGUGGCACCGUCCCCUGGUGCGUGCCACCGAUGCCGUACCCAUCUUUGAGGAGGCUGUCAUCAGCCCCUCGCACAUGUGGCACCGCCCGCCGACGGCAACCCCCAUGUGCCCCUGCUGCAUGAGCCCGACGCCCGCCGGACUGGCCAAGGCUGAGCGUGCCGAGGCGGCACUGGCAACGCCGCCACGCAGCCCCGUGUCCAUGGCGUCGUUCCGGCCCUCGACGACGGCGACGUCCGCCACGCGCCGGAGCUCAGAGAGUGCGUUUAGUGUGAGCACCGCCAGUUCCGGCUCGGGCUCUCGGGCGGGUCGCCGCCUGCAGUACCAAGCGUCGUCGUUGAGCCUCCGGAUCAAGCGCAGCUUUGCGCGUCUUCGUGGUCGGUCAAGUGGCGAGUCCCUGUAA